UAGCUAACAAUAGUGGAGGGGGGGCUUGUAUAAACUGAACAUCUGGCAGUAGGCUCAAUUGAUACGUGUCGUACAUAGCCAAGAGAUGCAAUUGACAAUAGCUAAGAUAUUGGUAUUUCUGGCUAUUACGUCUACAGUUCAUGGAUUGUGUUCUCCAACAGACAGGAGAUGGCCACAGUACAUGAUUACCCCACUCCCCAGUGACUUUGGGAGACAGAGCACACGGGGUGAUUGUACAUCAAAUGGACAGUGUCUUGGACCAUUCUUUGGUAGUGAUAAACUAGGUGAUGAAGUCUUGGGCUCACAAACUCUUGAUGAUGGUACCUUUGUUGGCCAUGCUUGGGAUCAGACUGUCAGUAUCACAUUCACUCUUCUUACUACGGCUCCGGACACUGCUUACGUGGAGGGACUCAAUCUCUACUUCUACAACAUUCCCUCUCGAAGAAUUGGACUACCUUACAAUAUCAGAAUAAUCUCACCAUCUGGUGACCAUCUAUAUCAACUGGAGGGUAAUGAUGACUUGACCCUGGAUGAUAAUGGACGACGAAGUGUCACCCUUAUCCCAGAAUCACUGUCUUUUUCUUCUGCCAGUGAUACCAUCACAAUUAUAUUCGAAUUCUCAAACACUGAACAGAUCGACUGGCUUCUCUUAACUGAGGUGGAGAUAUGCACAUCAGAAUCAGUUGUACUCCUCCCCAACCUUCCUCCUCCCAUCACCUUCACCCCGGACACUGUAGGGACCAUCUCCCCACCCACCAUCAACUCCUCAUUCAGCCUGUCCUGCUCUGUCACUGAGGGACGGUUUGUCUGGACCUGGACUCGGCUUACUGGUGACCCCCUCCCUCCAGCACGAGUACUCAAUGCUGGGAGGACUAGUAUUCUGGAGCUAUCACAACUCAGCAGUAAUGAUGUCGGUACCUACCAAUGUCUGGCCACUCACACAUUCGGUGGAACAUUUGGAACACCACCGGUGUCAAAUAGUCUUGAUAUCACUCUCUCACUGCCAGGUACUAUACAAGCUGAGAAUGGAAUGAUUCAAGUUACAGCCAGUGAUGACAGUGCAGUGUUGAGGUGCUUUCUCUCUGGCUACCUUCCUUCAAUGGCUGUUCCUUCGAUCAUUUGGCGACUAUCUAACAAUGAACUAUCCAAUGACUUAGUUAAUUCCAUCACGUCCGAGCAAGGAGACAUGUUUAUUCAGAAUGGAGGGGCACAACCUAUACCAAGUUUGACCAGCACACUGACUGUGAAUCUGACAAGAGAUCCACUUACGACUGGCACACGAAUUUACAAUUGUAUAUCGAGCAGCAGCCAGAUGAUCACCCCCCUCGUGCAAACAAUUGUCUUGACCACUGAUGUUGUUAUCAAUCCUCCUGUUGUCAAUCCUCCUGUCAAUACUACUACCCCAUCUCCCAACACUCCUUCCUCCAUUCCUGAGACUGUAGAACUUGGAGUGAUUAUACUUCUUAUGAUUAUAUUUGUUAUCACGCUUAUCAUCGUCAUAAUUGUCAUCAAAAGAACAAAGAAAACUUUGAUAGUUACAGAACACAAUGGCAACUCUGAAAUAACCACUAAUAGCAAUGAAGCUUAUGGAUUCAAACCAAGCACAUUCAGCAUGACACAGAACACCCUCUAUGGCCCAGGCACUACUGAAGAAGGUGUGUAUGAAGAGCCUGAUCAAGUGCAACAUGACUAUGAAGAGUUGGACUCAUUUGCUGUGACCUCCGUCUCAGUGUGAAUAGCAAAUUAUGACGAUUGAAGAACAUUGUUAUAUUAUUUGACUGUAUAUAUAGGUAGACACAGCUUGUGUGCUUUAAAAUGUUGUGCGCAUUUGCUCAGAUCAUAAUUACUACAUGAUUAAA